UUGUCGUAUGCAGGAAGGAAAUUGAGUCGCGAAGUUCAAGGACUAUGUGAUGAAUUCCGUUUGUCAAGUGUCAACUUCGAAAUGAGCUUCUCGACAUCGUAUUACAACUCUCACGAACCUCCACUGAAAGUUGAUAAAGGUAUUCAGGUGGACCCACCUGCAGAAACUGGCUCGCAGACGACCCCCGAACCAGACAGCAUCGAUGUCCUUCCGUACAUAGACGUGAAGAGCAGCCAGUUGCUGGACAGUUCUCUGCAAUGCACUUCCACGGAUGGCCAUCAUUGCACUGGUUGUGUGGAGUUUACCAAGGGCGCGAGGACCGUGUACUCGGGUGCGAGAGGAGGAUACACGAUUGCGGGCAACCUCCCACAGGGGUACUGUGAUAUUCAUAGUGGUCAUCUCCAGGGUUUUCGACAAGGCCCAGUUGGCAGCCCCGAGUCGGCAGAGUUCAACUUUGUGGAUAACGUGUCCGUCACGGUUACUCCAGUAGUUGCUCAACGUCAUAGCGGCGAUCAGACGCGGACAGUGCAGAAUCAUGAGGAUGAAGAAGAUGGUUCGGAUGAUAUGCACGCGGUGCACCCUGAGGAAAUCCACUCGGUUCAAGAUCUGCAAGGUGCAGUUGAAAGUGUCCCCUUGGGAACGAUAUCGUUCCUGCAAGUCAUCAACGCUUGUCGGAAUGAUGAGCAGCAGCAAGCCUGCUGCGACACACAACCUGAUGAUGAUAAUUUGGAAAUGAAGCAGGAGGGACACGUGCAUCACCCGCAUCACCACGGCGCGAACGAGGACCGUGAGCACGUGCACCACAAGCAGGAGCAGGACGAGGACUGCGACGGUGUGAAGGUGAAGAACCUGCCGGGCAUGCGGGCCAUGCGCAACAUGCGGCCCUACGUCUGCGACCUGUGCCCCAAGACCUUCUACAAGGAGGAGCACCUGGUACAGCACAAGCGCGUGCACAGCGGCGAGCGGCCGUUCAAGUGCAACCUUUGCGACAAAACCUUUCGCCAGAGUGGUGCCCUGCACAACCACAAGCAGAUCCACGUCGGCACCAAGAACUUCCACUGUGAUAUCUGCAACAAGAGCUUCGCGCACGCGCGUAAUCUCAAGUGCCACGUUCGGACGCACACGGGCGAGCGGCCGUACCAGUGUGACCAGUGCAGUAAGUGCUUCACGCAGGCCCAGCACCUGGCGCAGCACAAGCGCCUGCACGCGGGACACACGCACAAUUGUGACGAGUGCGGUCAGAGUUUCACCCACCCGAGUAACUUGGUGCUCGUUCCCGAAGAUGCACAUGGCGAAUCUCAUUCAAUCAUGCUCGCUCAGCCCGCUGACGAGGAAAACGAAGACCACGCGGACGGUGACGGUGGGAAAUAUUACACGCUCUCCGCGGCGACAGACAAGUACGAAAUCGUAGGACACAAGUUCUAUACCAAAGAUGGCUCGGAGCAGGACACGGAAGAAACGGAAGACAGGAAAUUUUACGCGUGUGAAAUGUGUGAUCAAGUGUUUCAUCACCCGGGACAUCUGGAGCAUCAUCGGAAAAGCCACGAUUUAACGUCAGCGACGCCCGGGCAGAUUUUCCCGUGUGAUACUUGCGGAAAGGUGUUCACCCAGCCCAGGAACCUGCAGCGACAUCAGAUGAUCCACACGGGAGAGCGACCGUUCACGUGCCCCACUUGCGGCAAGGCCUUCAAUCAGUCCACGCAUCUUACCAAGCACAUGAAACUCCAUGGCAUGGACUUGCCUUACACGUGUCGUCGAUGCGGUGAACGUUUUCGGUACAAGUCAGAACGAGAGCGGCACAAAAAGGCGUACCAUGCUCCGUUGAGUCCCGACGCGAUGCCUGCCCCGUCCUCAAUAAUGUCAGCUUCUCAGCGGGAGCACAUGCACUUGUACGAUGAUUCUGGCUCCUCGUCGUCCGCGGUUGUCACAUUAUCUCAGUCACCACAAGGAGAUGACGUGGAUUUGAGUGUGGCCGUUUCGGAGCUUGCAAGUGACCGAGACGCUCGUGCAGAAGUGGAAAGCAGUGUUGUGGCACACGUCCACGAAGAUGGCAGCGUUACGCUGGCCUAUCCUCCAUAUGUAUUUGUGUCGGGAUCCAUUCCGUUCCACGACCAAAGUACCGUCGUCGUUCCAUUGGUGGAAGUUUCCGAAGACACCGCGUGGAAAUCGGGAGAGAGUAUCCCUGGUGCUGUUGCUGUGAUCCUCUGUAGAAUUUUGGAUAAAGGAGGCGUUAGAAGUUCAAAUCACUAA